AUGGCUUAUGACAUCCCUGCCGAGCAGUCAAGUGCACAACGGUCUCGUAACAACCAUCGUGACCUCUUGCUUAUCAGCGUCCCGCGCACUGCAUCCAACCUCUUUCUCAAGGUCCUCAACAUCCACCACCAACCCAAUGUUGUCACCAACAAGACAGCCGGAUAUUUCUUCUACGACGCCUACAUGAUCGCCGCCCGCGAUCUCCAGAAGCCGGCCCACCUAUGGACCACCGAUGAGAAGACCCUGAUCCGGAACACCUACCAACAAUGCCUGGACCGCCUCGAAGAGCUCAGGGCACAGGCCCACCGCGAGAACAAGAUCGUCUUUGCCAAAGAGCACGCCUUCUGGCUCGUCAACCCAGGCACGAUGCACGGCCCGCCCAGCAACCCAUCCGCGAAUGGUGGAGCAAGCCCUGAUGCUGCCCGUGACGAUGAUGUCUCCUUCCGCCUCCAAACCCCGGAUUCCACCACCCCCGGCCCGGAGCGCACCUACUCCCCCAACAACCAAACCCUGCUCCCAGACGAGUACCUGCGCACGUGGCAGCUGGCCUUCAUCAUCCGGCACCCGGCGCUCGCGUGGCCGUCCAUGUACCGCGCCAUGCUGAAAAUGAGCAAGGAGCUGGGCAUGCUAGACGAGGACGGUGUGCGCGGCGCGUCGGCGGCCAAUAUGUCGCUGGCCUGGACCCGGAAGCUGUUUGACUGGUACGCCGAGCAGAGCGGAGGUGCGGGGCCGCUCGUCGUCGACGCGCACGACCUCAUCCACGACGCCGGGUCUGUCGCGCUGCGCUUCUGCGAGGCUACUGGGUUGGACAAGAGUGUGGUGCAGUUUGAGUGGGGCUGCGCGACCGCCGGGUCCGGGUCCGAGUCCGAGUCGGUGGUCAAGAAGUGGGGGUCGGAGGGCUCGCUGGACGAGAAGGCGGCGCGUAUUAUGCUGUCGACGCUGGAGGCGUCCAAGGGGAUCGUCAAGGACAAGGCGCCUGCGAGUGUGGAUGUCCGGGCCGAGGCGGUGAAGUGGCGGGCUGAGUUUGGUGAGGAGGCGGCGGGGCUUAUUGAGAAGGCUGUUUGGGCUGCCAUGCCGGAUUAUGAGUAUCUGAGGGAGAGGCGGGUGCGGGCUUGA